UGCAUACACACACAGUAGAAGUAAAGAAGAAGCAGAGUUGUUUCCCCUUUCCAAGAAAUUAGGUUUUUUUUUUUCGAUCGAAUUCGCGGCAAGUAGGUUCAAUUCCUUCCGACAACAGUCAUCUUCUUCCUGAUUUGUCUCUCCGAGUUUCGAAGCAGUGAGCUAAGCUAAAGAACAAGGAACAAAUCCGAAUUAUGUUUCUGCGAGAUCUGUCUUCUAGUUUAUGGAGUUUGCGAGGUGUUUAAGCUUGGUUUGUAGAAUCUUCAGACAUAUUCAGAAGCUGUACUGUUGUCACUUGUCAGCUUGAGGUGUUUUUAGCGAAAGGGUCUAUCUAGUGAAUAUAAGUUGAAGUAUGGGUUCGCUCUGUUGCGUCGCUGCAAAGUCAGAUAGAUCAAAUUCUGCAAGUGGGGACUUUUCUUUUGGCCCGCAUGAGCCUUAUUGGAGGACUAAUACAAGUUUCUCUCCACCUUCAUCGAGAUGGGACGUCCAUGGAUUAAUGGAUGGUAUUAGCUGUUAUGGAUCUUCCACAUCAUCUAAUGCUAACGUUCUUCGUAGUCCCGACCUUUCUCAAGCUCUUCAUUGGACACCUAAUGAUUUUGAAUCUGCAACAAGAAGAGAUCAGAUUGUUAAGCAACUACCAGGUACAUCAAGAAAUGUCGGUAUUGGGUGUUCUGAUAUUGGUGACUCUGAACCUGGCCGUAACGUCUCAAGCCGGCGCUUUUUCCUGUCCAAGCCGGUUCAUCCUAUACUACAUCCUUCUGAUAAUGUUAGGGAUACAACAUCUGAUUCUGCGGAUGCCUGCAGUUGGAGCAGUGGGACCGCAAGCAGCAUUGAUUCUGUGGAUGUUCCUGAGCCAGUUCUUGAUUGGAAUAAUAAUAACUCCUCUACCAAAGCACAACAAGUAGCUGCAAGUACAUUUAAAUGCGGAUUGUGUAACAGAUACCUCUCGCAGAAAUCUCCUUGGGGAUCUCGGUCCAUCCUAAGAAACCGAGACAUGCCUGUCACAGGAGUGCUUUCAUGUCAACACGUCUUUCACGCAGAAUGUCUUGACCAAUCAACUCCAAAGACUCAACGCAAUGACCCUGUUCCGAGGCUUAAACCGCUUUGUGAAGAUGGGCCAUCUACAAGGCCAUGGGGUUGUGCUCAGGCUGGUGACUGUGUUGAAAGUGCUGUCAAUGUGCCGCAGAAAAACACCAUGAUGAUGAUAAACCGGAGCCGGAUAAGGAAGAACCUCUCAUUGAGAGGAAACUCAAGCAAAGAUUUUCCAAGGAAAAUGAAGAGAAGUAACUCAGUUGCCAUGGAUAAUCUCACUAAUCAAGUCUCGGUUGUGCGUUCUAGAGGGAAAGAGAAAGCUUCAUGGUAGUGUGGAGAAAAAAGCAGAGAGAUCAAAAGUUCUUUUUUUUGGCCUACUUGAACAUCUAACCUUUUGACAAUGUGUUGAUCUUGGAAGACCAGUGAAGAAGUACUGUAAAGUAUUCAUUUUG